AAGUCGAGGACUCAGGCUGGGGAUUCAAGUGACAGGGAAGGCCGGAGCAGGGGCUUUCUCCCCAGGGAAGAGAGGCGCGUCUAAGGUCGGGGAUAUCGCCGCCUGCGAGGCCGGCAGGAGACAGCGGCGUCGGGGCCUCUCGCGACGCUCGGCUGUCCCCUCUCCGCCCCGCCCUGUGGGUCCGGGGGCGGCGGCCGCGCUGAGGGACCCGCCCCCGGGGAAACGCUCGUGCUCGGGCCUCCCAGCCCUCACCCGCCAGACACCGAGGCCCCGAGCGCGGGGCGCCUGCUCGCGUGCCUGCAGCCGGUCCAGGACGGUUUCCAUGGCUGCGGAAGUGCUUUUGGAACCUCCUCAGGGCCGUGUGACCUUUGAGGACGUGGCGCUGUACUUCUCCUGGGAGGAGUGGAAUCUCCUCGAUGAGGCUCAGAGAUGCCUGUACCAGGAUGUGAUGCUGGAGACCUUUGUGCUUCCAUCCUCCCUGGGUUGUUGGCCUGGAGCAGAAGAUAAGGAAGCAUCUUCUGAACAGAGCAUUUCUGUAGGAGUAUCACAGAUCAAGACCAUCAAGGCAGAUUCAUCUCACCAGAAGGCCCAGGCCUUUGAGAUGUGUGGCCCACUCCUGAGCGAUAUCUUGCACUUGCCUGAGCACCAAGGAACACAUCUUGGGCAGAAGCCAUACACGGAUGGGCAUCAGAAUUUCCCUGCCAAGCUUCAGCAGUACCAGGGACAGCACUUUAGAGAGAUACCCUUCAGAAGUUCUGUGCACAGAGCCUUGUUGGUAAAGAGCUGCACAACGCAUGUGUCAGGGAGAUCCUUUUCCUGUGGGGAGAUUGGCAACGACUUCUUAGCCAGUGUGGAAUUCUUCCAUCAACCAGUGACUCACACUGAAGAGACAAAGGACAGUAAUGAGUGUGAGGCUGCCUUUCACGGUGGGAGAAGCAAUGAAGCCUUCAGUUACACAGAAACACUAGUUGAGGACCAAAGACUCCUCACUAGAGAAGUGCUUUAUGAGUGCAGCAAAUGUGGAAAAGCCUGUAGCCGAAGAUGUAACCUCAUUCAGCACCAGAAAGUCCACACUGGAGAAAGGCCUUAUGAGUGCAGCGAAUGUGGGAAAUCCUUUAGCCAAAGCUACAGCCUCAAUAGCCAUAAGAAAGUUCACACGGGAGAAAAACCUUAUGAGUGCAGGGAAUGUGGGAAAUCUUUCAGUCAAAGAUCUAACCUUAUUCAGCAUCAGAGGGUUCACACAGGAGAGAAGCCUUAUGAGUGCCAUGAAUGUGGGAAAUCUUCUAGCCAAAGCUAUAGCCUUAAUAGCCAUUGGAAAGUUCAUACUGGAGAAAAAGCUUAUGAAUACAGGGAAUGUGAAAAAUCUUUUAGUCAAAGAUCCAACCUCAUACAUCAUCAGAAAGGUCAACCUGGAGAAAGGCUUUAUCAGUGUGGUGAUUGUGGAAAAUCCUUCAGCCGAAGCUCCACGCUCAUUCACCACAGGAGACGUCAUACUGGAGAAAGGCCUUAUGAGUGCAGUAAAUGUGGGAAAUCCUUUAAGCAAAGCGCCAGUCUCAGUUCACAUCAAAAAGUCCACACAGGAGAAAGGCCUUAUAAGUGUAGAGAAUGUGGAAAAUCGUUUAGCUGCAAACCUCACCUCAUUAUCUGCCUGAGAGUUCAUACUGGAGAAAAGUCUUAUGAAUGUCAAGAGUGUGAAAAAUCCUUUAGCUGCAAAUCGAACCUCAUUGAUCACCUAAGAGGUCACCCUGGAGAAAGGCCUUAUGACUGUGGAGAGUGUGGGAAAUCCUUUAGUCAAAGAUCCAUCCUCCUUCAACAUCAGAGAAUGCAUAGUGGAGGAGUUCCCGUCGUGGCGCAGUGGUUAACGAAUCCGACUAGGAACCAUGAGGUUGCGGAUUCGGUCCCUGCCCUUGCUCAGUAGGUUAACGAUCUGGCGUUGCCGUGAGCUGUGGUGUAGGUUGCAGACGCGGCUUGGAUCCUGUGUUGCUGUGGCUCUGGCAUAGGCUGGCAGCUACAGCUCCGAUUAGACCCCUAGCCUGGGAACCUCCAUAUGCCGCGGGAGUGGCCCAAGAAAUGGCAAAAAAAAAGAGAAAAUUCAUAGUGGAGAAAGGCCUUAUGGCUGCAAAGACUGUGGGAAGUCUUUCAGCUGAAAGUUCAGCCUCAUUUACCACUGGAGCGUUCACAGUGGGGAACGACCUCAUCAGUGAAGAGUGUGGAAAAUCACUUAGCUGCAAAUCUAACGUGUUGUUAAACACCUGAGAGUUCACACUGGAUAAAGGAGUGUGGAGAAUCCUUUAGCCACAGUUGUAGCCACAUUUAGCAGCAGAAAGUUCGCACUGGAAAAUAUGUCUUAUGAGUGCAAUGAAUGUGGGAAAUCCCUUAGCUGCUCAUCUGAUCUCAUUCAAUACCAGAGACUUCACAAUUGUGAACGGCCUUAGAUAUGCUGGGAUAUGCAGUUUCCUUCUAGUGUAAUUACACAGAAGGAGAGAAGUUGUCACGGAGCCAUCUACCUAAAUCAAAUCCCUACAUCUGAAAAUCUGAAAUGCGGAGAUUCCCCUUAAGUCCCAGUUUGCAGUCUUCAAACAUCCACCUGUUGUUGAAACAGAUCCCCCCCUCCCCCAGGAGACAAGACAGCAGGGGUUGAAUUCCUGAAGUUUACAUCCCGCUGAGAAUUCUUGUUAAGAAUGGAUUUAGAUCUCAGACUCUCCUUUCAAGGUGAACCAUCCAGGAAUGACCCUGGGUCAGAAAAUUUAGCACUUAAAGCCAGCCAAGGCUAUGUCAUACGGGAUGGAGAGGGAAUCUCUGAGUUCCCAAACACUCGGCUCAGCUUGUUCCAAAACAGCAGUAACUCAUUUGCUAGGCGGGAACUGCAAAGACUCUAUAAUCUGUUUCACUCAUGGCUGCAGCCAGAAAAACGCAGCAAGGAUGAGAUGAUUUCUUGUUUGGUCCUCGAACAGUUCGUGAUCAAUGGCCACUGCAGUGACAGAUCCACUUUACAAGAGAAAUGGAAUGCAAGUGGCAGAAACCUGGAGAAGUUCAUGGAAGACCUGACAGACGAUGGCAUGAAGCAGCCUGGCUUCGUCCAUGUCCACAUGCAGGGACAGGAAGCCCUCUUUUCUGAGAAUAUGCCCUUAAGAGAGGUCCUCGUUCAUUUCAGGAAGCACUUGGCGACAGCAACCCCAAGGGGAGAAAACACGAAGGCACCUCUCUGGACUCCUCGAGAUGCUUCCCUGGAAACAGGACAAGAAAGUGAAGGUAAAGAAUGUGGCGGCAACACUUCUCGGAAAACUUGUCCAGUCACUGAAAGUCUCACGUGGCAGGGCAGUCAGACGCCCUUCCUGCUCAUCAUCCCGGAAGAGACCUGCCCUGGGCUUGAAGAGGCAGGUGUUUCUCCGGAGAACCCACUCGGCUCCAGAACAGCAGAGCCAGGCCUCGCUGUGUCCCAGGAGGGGUCCCCGGAAGGACCGUUUGGUGGAGAUGUCCAUCUGGAGGCGGAACCAGGGUUUCUCUCCAGGCCAGACCAGGUCACGCUUGAGCCUGUUUCUGCCCACCCGAGCCUGGAAGGGAACCCUGCACGUGGGAAGAGCCCAGAAGGGCUCCCCGGAGCCCAGAAAGUCUUCCCAUGUGAGAAGUGUUCCCAGGUCUUCCGAUAUCUCUCUCGGUUGAAAGUCCAUCAGAGGAGACACAAUGAUGAGAGGCCAUUUGUUUGCGCCAAGUGCAAAAAAGGCUUCUUCCAGACAUCAGACCUACGUGUGCAUCAGAGGAUCCACACGAAGGAGAAGCCUUUCCGGUGCAGCACGUGUAAAAGGCCCUUCAGCCACAAAACCAACCUCCGGGCUCAUGAGAGAAUCCACACGGGAGAGAAGCCCUAUUUGUGUUCCCUUUGCCAGAGGCGCUACCGCCAGUCAUCCACCUACAACCGCCACCUGAAGAGUCACCAGAAGCUGGCCCUCAAAGGUGAUUUGUCCGGAGUUCCUGUCGUGGCUCAGCGGAAACGAAUUUGAGGAACUCGGGUUCAAUCCCUGGCCUCGCUCAGUGGGUUAAGGAUCAGCAUUGCUGUGAGCUGUGGUGUAGGUCACAGACACGGCUCAGAUCCUGUGUUGCUGUGGCUGUGGUGUAGACUGGCAGCUACAGCUCUGAUUUGGCCCCUAGCCUGGGAGUCUCCAUAUGCUGGGAGUGUGGCCCUAAAAACAACAACAAAAAACAUGGUUUAUCCACACCAAAACCUUCCUUGGCUGUGAUCUCCAUAUACCGUAUAUUAAUAUGUAUAUGAGAGAGUAUUUCCAGUGUACUUUACUAUUUAGAAUAUACUUAAGAAUAAAUAAAUCCUAACAUGCA